CCUUUUUAAAGCUCUUUCACCAUGCCUGGGUCACUCCCUUUGAAUGCAGAAGCGUGCUGGCCAAAAGAUGUGGGAAUUGUUGCCCUUGAGAUCUAUUUUCCUUCUCAAUACGUUGAUCAAACAGAGUUGGAAAAAUAUGAUGGUGUAGAUGCUGGAAAGUAUACCAUUGGUUUGGGCCAGGCCAAGAUGGGCUUCUGCACAGAUAGAGAAGAUAUCAACUCUCUCUGCAUGACUGUGGUUCAAAAUCUUAUGGAGAGAAAUAACCUUUCCUACGACUGCAUUGGGCGACUAGAAGUUGGAACAGAGACAAUCAUCGACAAAUCGAAGUCAGUGAAGACUAAUUUGAUGCAGCUAUUUGAGGAGUCUGGAAAUACAGAUAUAGAAGGAAUAGAUACAACUAAUGCUUGCUAUGGAGGCACAGCUGCUGUCUUCAAUGCAGUUAACUGGAUUGAAUCCAGCUCCUGGGAUGGACGGUAUGCCCUAGUGGUUGCAGGAGAUAUUGCUGUAUAUGCCUCAGGAAAUGCAAGACCAACAGGUGGAGUUGGAGCCGUUGCUCUGCUAAUUGGGCCAAAUGCUCCUUUAAUUUUUGAACGAGGACUUCGUGGGACCCAUAUGCAGCAUGCCUAUGACUUUUACAAGCCCGAUAUGCUCUCUGAGUACCCUAUAGUGGAUGGAAAACUCUCCAUACAAUGCUACCUCAGUGCCUUGGACCGCUGCUAUUCUGUCUACCGCAAAAAGAUCCGUGCCCAGUGGCAGAAAGAGGGAAAUGAUAAAGAUUUUACUUUGAAUGAUUUUGGCUUUGUGAUCUUCCAUUCACCAUAUUGUAAACUGGUUCAAAAAUCUCUAGCUCGGAUGUUGCUGAAUGACUUUCUUAAUGACCAGAACAGAGAUAAAAAUAGUAUCUACAGUGGCCUUGAAGCCUUUGGGGAUGUUAAAUUAGAAGACACGUACUUUGACAGAGAUGUGGAGAAGGCAUUUAUGAAGGCCAGUUCUGAACUCUUUAAUCAGAAAACAAAGACAUCUUUGCUUGUGUCAAAUCAGAAUGGAAAUAUGUAUACAUCUUCAGUGUAUGGUUCCCUUGCUUCUCUUCUAGCACAGUUCUCACUUCAGCAGUUGGCAGGGAAGAGGAUUGGAAUUUUCUCUUAUGGUUCUGGGUUAGCUGCCACCUUGUAUUCCCUUAAAGUUACACAAGAUGCCACACCAGGGUCUGCUCUUGAUAAAAUAACAGCAAGUUUAUGUGACCUUAAAUCAAGGCUUGACUCAAGAACUUGUGUGGCACCAGAUGUCUUUGCUGAAACCAUGAAGCUCAGAGAAGAAACUCAUCACUUGGUCAAUUAUAUUCCCCAGGGUUCAAUCGACUCCCUCGCUGAAGGAACGUGGUACCUAGUUAGAGUGGAUGAGAUGCACAGGAGAACUUAUGCUCGGCGUCCCUCUCCAAAUGAUGACACUUUGGGGGAAGGAGUAGGACUUGUGCAUUCAAACACAGCAACUGAGCAUAUUCCAAGCCCUGCUAAGAAAGUGCCAAGACUUCCUGCCACAGCAGCAGAAGCGGAAGCAGCUGUCAUCAGUAAUGGGGAGCAUUAAGAUACUUCUGUGCAGUGCAAGACACCAGUAUGGGUCGGGGAUGGGGUGUGGGAAAGGUUAGGGGAAUAG